UGCCUCCGAGCAAAACAGAAAGAAAGCAGUGUUAUGGCGUGUGCUUCGCAUGUUGGCUGCGCCUAGUGAUAGCAGAAAUGCUCGCCUCGACCAGGCGCUUGUGCUUUGUGCUGUGAUCGUGCAACGAUCGAAGCAAUGCCGUCCAAAAGACUGUGUGACCGGUGAUUGUAUGACUUCCCAAAAUCGUGAGCCGAGCUGAGGAGCGCGCGAGCCACCAACGCCGCCAACAUGGCGACCUUCCCCCAGUGGGUCUGGGUCGUCGUGUGGACGCAGUUUGUGUUGUUCUUGUCCCUUUUAUCGCCGACGAAAGGGCAGAAAGUGUUCUGCCCAUCCCGGUGUAGGUGCCUCGGCGACUUCUUCGACUGUGCGAGAGCUGGAUUGACCGAAGUACCCAAGGAUAUACCGCCGUGGGCGAAAACCCUGGAGCUUCAGCACAAUGACAUCGCUGACAUCAACGAGCACACCUUUCGGAACUUGACGAACCUGGUAAAAAUUGAUCUCAGUCACAACAAAAUUUCACGCUUGGAGAACACCACUUUUCGGCGUACGCCUGUCCUGGAAACACUAAAGCUUGCACACAAUCAACUGAGGGAAAUUCCCAACCUGGGCUUUGUUCCAAAGCUGGAAGACCUUUCUCUAGCCCGCAACCGCAUCAGGGUCCUGCUACCCUACAUCUCCGAGUACCCGUCUCUACGUAGUUUAGACCUAAGCUUCAACAGAAUCAGUGCCAUUCCUGGGGGUAUCUUCACAAACAGCUCAAGACUAGUCAACCUGUCACUAAACUCCAACAGAAUAUCACGGAUCGAGAAGGGUUCCCUCGACAACCUAACAAGGCUGAAGUCCCUCAGCUUGAACCGCAACAAACUUGCCCAUCUUCCAAAGGACUUAUUCCUUCAACUGCAUUCGUUAGUCAAUUUGGAACUGAACAAGAACCGUAUUGAAGAAAUUGAGGGCCUCAUCUUCAAGGGCCUUGCAUCUCUGAAAUCAUUGAGCCUUCGUCAUAACAACAUCGGCGUGAUUUCUGACGGUGCGUUCUUCUACCUCGGAAAUGUCCGCUCACUGAACCUUGAUUCUAACAACCUCACCAUGGUGACAAAAGGAAUGCUGUAUGGGCUGACAGCACUCGAAUCACUCAACCUUACAAGCAACAACAUUACUGAAGUGGGCAUGGAUGGCUGGGAGUACUGCCAGAAUUUGGCUACAUUAGACCUGACUCUCAACCGGCUGCAGGCAAUCACAAAGAGCACAUUUGCCAGGGCUGCAUCUCUGGUCCGCCUCUUUCUGGACCACAAUAUAGUGUCUUACAUCGAAGAAGGUGCCUUCAAAUCUCUACACAGGCUGCAGGAGCUGCACUUGAACCACAACGAGAUCUCGUGGACAAUGGAGGACACGCGGGGCCCGUUUCUUGGCUUAAACCGCCUGGUCCACCUCGGCCUGGGUGACAACCUCAUAAAGUCUCUGACGGGUAAAGCCUUCUCUGGCCUGGGACGACUGGAAGUUCUGGACCUGUCCCACAACCCGAUCACCACCAUACAUCAGAACACUUUCCUCCCACUGCAGACGUCCCUGCGUGACUUGCGCCUGGACACAAAUAACCUCCUGUGCGACUGCAACCUGCGCUGGUUGCCUGCCUGGAUUGCGAGUAUGGGGUUCCAGGCAAAAGUGAGCCUUUACUGCGGGCAUCCAGAAAACCUGAGGCACAGAGCUGUGCUCAACCUGCAUCUGAAUAACUUCACCUGCGAUGGUUUCCAGAAGCCAGAGAUCUUGGAAAGCCCCGAAUCCAAGAUUGCACUAAAGGGUCAAAACCUCACCCUGAUUUGCAAGGCCAGCAGUACAAGUGGCUCCACUUUGGAGUUUCAGUGGCGGAAGGAACAGAAGCUUUUCACCGACGGCGAGACUGAGUUGUUUCAAAGUGCCGAGCCGGGUGAUCGGACGGUGUUCACCAGCCACUUACACCUGCGUGACAUCCAGAACAAGGACGAGGGUCACUACCAGUGUGUCAUCCGCAACCAGUUUGGAUCUGUCUAUUCCAACCAGUCAUACAUUAGAGUCUAUGUUUAUCCAACGUUUGUGAAGCAGCCCGCCGACGUGAUGAUGCCAGCGGGCAAGACGGCUCGUCUGGAGUGCGGUGCGCAGGGACAGCCUGCCCCGGUGGUAGCCUGGCAAAAAGACGGCGGAGACCAGUUUCCGGCCGCCCGUGAACGACGUAUGCACGUCAUGCCUACAGAUGACGUCUUCUACGUAGUGGCUCUCAAGCCCCAGGAUUCUGGCGUCUACACCUGCACUGCCACAAAUCCGGCGGGCACCAUCAAGGCGUCGGCAACGCUCACCGUGCUCGAACGGCCGGCCUUUGUGCGCCCCAUGCAGAGCAAACAGGUGAAAGCUGGGCAAAGUGCAGUGCUGGAGUGCUUCUCUUCGGGCAGCCCCAAACCCUCGCUCUCGUGGCUCAAAGACGGCACGCCCCUCAUCGCGACAGAGAGGCACUUCUUUGCGGCAGAGUCCCAGCUGCUGGUGAUCAUCGAGAGCGAGCCUUCCGACAGUGGAGAGUACACCUGUGAAAUGUCCAACAAAUUGGGGGUUGAGAGGGGAAUCUCCCUGCUCAAGGUGGUGCCUGAAAAAUCCAGUGGCCUUGCUGCACACGGCACCACAACUGGCAUUGUGGUGAUAGUCGUGGUGGUAUGCGUCGUUGGAACCUCCUUAGUGUGGGUUAUCAUCAUUUACAAGACACGCAAGAGCAGGCGGCAGUACGGGCCUCCGGGAAGCGCAGCCCUUCAGAGAGGUGGCCCUGAGCACCCCACACUUGAGGAAGUCGCACGUCUUCCUGUUGGGGAACACACUGCGCUGCAGGCUACGGACACUACCUCUGAGGGCUCUGGCCACAGUGAUGGAAGCCACCAGGAAUCGGAAGAGCUGGUGGACAGCGGAAGCCGCACUUACAUUCUGGGUCCCUCAAACUUUCGCACUUUGGCUCCGGCGUUUGUUCGAGACGACGGAAUCGGCUCCCAAAGUGGUGACAGCAAUGCGCACACCCCGCCGACUCCAAGGGCGACAAGCAGUGUGGCGUCUAGCUUUGGACCACGGGCCAUAGGGCGGCUUCCUGAUGUGCUGGUGCACCGUAUGCCACCGGGGAGUCCGGGGCUGUCUUCGCUACCUGCAGCAGCCUCUCCACGGUCCCUCUCCGAAGGCUUUCUGGUGCGAUCGCCGUCUCGCGAUCGCCACGGCCGGAGGCGCCUUCUCACCCACGGAGCCAGCGUCAGCAGCGACGGCAGUGCUGUCACGAGCAGCAGUGACGAGCGAGAUUCCGGCUUCUCUACCUUUCCCAGAAGCGUUCGCACCUGGAGCUCUGCGUCUCUCCAGUGCCGCCUGAGGCCAAGGGACGUGACCAAUGAAAGCAGCUUGGUAACCGUGAGUGGGGAGGACCCGAACGCCUCCCCGCAGUUAGAAGACGCCAUACCCUCUAGUCGCCACAGCCUUCACACCACAGUGGAGGUCAGUCCAAGUACAACACUCACACCGGCAGCCAUCACCCAAGUGGAAAGGAAGGAGAACGACGUGCAGCAGCAACUUGACGUCAGGGUCACCUAACGACUUCAGCUGGCUUCAACCUCACGGCAUGGCGGAUGCAUCUGUGCGUGUUCCUUGAAAAGCAAGGGCCGCUUUGCUUACCAGUUAGUCUGAUUGCAGCGUUACAGAAAUCUUCCGUAAGAUCCACAUUGCGUGCUUCUCAAAAUAUACAGGGUGUUUGUUAUUAUUCGACAUUUUUUUUGUGUAUAUGAAGGCAGUGAGAGGCUGUUUUUGUGCAAGAGAGGACGUUCUGCACAAGAUUGUACGUAACAAGCGGACCAGUAGUUUUGCUGAAGUUCAUGGCGAAAUGGAUGCUUCAAUAUGUUUGUUCCAGAAUUCUUUAAAAACGCCCGGCUUUAAACAACGACCCCCUUUAAAUCCUGUAGUCCAACACGUUCCCUCCACAAAACCUCCAAUUAAAAAGUGAUUCAUUAAUUUUAGGUAAUCACUCAUCUUGUUGUUACAUGCUCUCUCACACAGAAUGUCCUUCCUGGCAAUAUAACCCACGUGCAUAAAAACGUGCACGUAAAAAAAAGUGAUUGACACGUGCACAUAAAAAAAACAGUGAUUGACAGACAGAAAAAGAAUAUGGCAAAAACCAUAUCUGCACUGCUGCAUUAGACAAUGAAAGGAAAAAAAAACUUGCACCGAGUAAAAACACCCUCUGUAUACGUGGAGAAGCACACAAAAUUCAAUUUGGAGCAUGCUCAGACUAAUGACAAGCGGAACAUCGUCGAUCAGCAGAAACUUGCAGUCCACCAUGCCGCGGCGGAGCGACAGCCACUUCUUGCGCAGCCAAAGAUGAUUUAUGCAGCCCGAGUGAUAAAAGUGCAGACAGACUAAUAUUUCUGUGCCAUGAAAAAUGUGUUGUGCAACCAUGUGUGUGCAUGUGUGUGUGUGUGUACAUAGUUUAGUACAAAAAUAAUAGUUUACAGAUGUACAUAGAUAUGCAUCUAUAUUAUAUAUAUAUAUAUAUAUAUGUAUAUAUUUAAAGAGUCACCGUAGAUGGUUGUUCGUGUGGUUGUAAACAUAUCUGUCGUCAUUGUCACGCUAUCAUCACUUUGAAACUUUGACGGUGUUGCUGUCAGUUAUGGAUUUGUAAGCCUCAGUGCCAUCUGAUUGAGGAUAAAAGCAUUGUGCCUUUGUGGCAACUACUGUGGGCAGCUGGAUUCUCAUUGGUUGUUAGAAAGAAUUCAUCCGGUCAUUGUAAAUAGUCUUGUACAUAGGUAUGUACAGUGUCUAGAUUAACUUACAUUUAUCAUCUAAUUUGCCAUCCAUAAGACAGUCAGUUUAUUUAAGGUCUGUAAAUAGCCGCUUCCGCUUUCAGGUUUGUCUCAAGCACGUUGCUACGUUUUUUUCUCAGCGCCGUGUCUACAAUGAAACAGGUUGAGUUCAGUCUAAAUCUCAACAGAUAUCGAGUGAGUAACGUUAACAAGAGGAAGGCACGUCCUCGAAAUCUCACAUAGAGGAAACGGUCAGAUGUCCCCAGGACUUGAUACAUAUUCAGCAGUGCUUGUAACUUGUAUUACAGGAUUUCUUCAUGCUGUCCCAAGUUGCUGUCAGCUCAUAAUUUAUUCUCGACUCCACCUCCUCAAAAACAAAGAAAAAAAAAAAAUUUUUUACGGGUUUUUGAAAGCUUUAAAAUGUGACGCGUCCUAAAUUUAAUUGCUAGUGUCUGUCAAACAGAUCAGGGUUUUGGUAGCUACAUAUUUUAGAAAUAGCACAGCAUCAGAAGCUAGGACAAGGUAUAACCAGCGAUGUCGUGAGCCUUGGGAAGUUCAAAUUUACAAAGGUUAGCAAUAUUUGAGCUUCUGUUUGAGAAAUCUGAAAAAGUUUGCUGAGGUUUGACUGCGCUGUGCAUCAUUGUCCAUCUACUUCCGGAAUUCGGAAGCACACGUUUGAUGAAUCGAGACUCUGCCACGUACUGGUCUGCAAUAUGAUACUGUAAGUCUGUUUAGCAAAUUAAAAUGUAUUUAUUUGAGCUUGUGUCAGCCAGGUCGGAAAGGCGGAGAAUACCUUUUCUGCGCGCCACUUAGCGUUGGUGCGCCAGAACGAAGACAAAAUCUUUAAAACUUUUUCUUUGUGUACCGAACAUUCAUGACAUGCGAUUUUAAACUUGCGCUUUGCAAUUAUAGAAGCCAUAUCAGUAUACAGCAACUUUAAUCAGAAUUUGGAGUAUCAAGUCCGCAAACCUUGGCGAAUCUGACCAGAAACUUGAAAGUCGGUCAAACCGCACAAGCCAGCGGGUUGGACUGCUAACCUCGAGACAUCACUAGACAUUAUGAUAUAAUGCAAAAGAAGCGAAAGGGAUAAUGUACAUCACAUUUAAAAAAAAAAAUUUAAAAUGUUGAGGUGUCACAAAUCUUCCCAAGAAUAAUAUACUAUCGGAAGCAGCUACUCUCGCUUAGUUCAUCGCUUUUUUUUUUUCUUCUUUUUGCUUAGUACAUUUGCAUUGCCAAACUCAGGAUACCAUGUUGUGACUAGAAUUUGUUAAUAUUUUUUUAUGCAUAGCACUUUUUUUUUUCUUCACACCACCACCAGAAGGGGGAACAUUCCUUGCCGAGGAAGAAGUAUGAGUACUGCGCAGACAAAGUGCCAAGAAGUUUGUUCUUUUUUUCACUUCAGGGUUUCGCCGUUGCCAUAAUGGUGUGUCAUUUCAUUGUCCGUUUGUUGACUGAAUAUUGUAGAUAAGAGUGUAACUAUAUCUGUAUUUAAAACACUGGAGGCCCAGUUUUUGCCCACUGCAAGGAUAUCGGAAUUGUAACACCAUACUUGUUUUCACAUUUACGUGCCAUAAAACAGACACUUUCUUUUUCUUCACGUUUUGGGUGCAGCAAGCACUAGCAGACUAUUUGUGUUAAGUUUUCCCAGUUUUUCUUUCCCAGAGUCAGCACUGUGUACGUUGCCAAAAUGUUCGGACAACUGUUUUCCUGGCCAGUUAGCUGCAAUAUGAUAUCUAAACUCACAUGCAGGAAUUUUUCAUUUUUAUUUGUUGCAGUCCUUCUAGUGGCAAUGAGGUCAUAAUAAAAGGAAUAUGACAUAGCUAA